AUGGCAGGACAACAAAUGCCAAUGGCCCCGAUGGCGGCAGCUUGCAAAGGAUCCACUGCGAAGACUUGGAGGGACGGUGCGGCAGGUAGCCCUGCAGAAGCACAAGGACGCAAAGGUGGAGGCCCCAAGAAGCGGCAGACCGCAGAAGCCUCAGGUGUUUCGCCGGAUGCAAAUCACUCGGGUGAGACAUUGCGUAUGCAUCUGCGUUCUUUGCUGCACGUGGACUCGAACCGCGUCCUGAUCGUGCGGAAGAUCAACCGUCUUGGCUUCUCAUCGCCCACAACUCUGAAGGAGCAUUUCUCAUGGUAUGGAACCGUCGAGAAGGUGCUCGUGGCGCACUCGCGGGUGAA